UAACACCGCGAUGUCACUAAUGCCGCCAGCGUUGAAAUUUACUAUGAUAAAGCAAUAUGAUAAUUGAUUCAACCACAGUUCAGAGUAUAAAAGGAUGAAGAUUCAGAGAUAUUAAAUCCCAUAUUUCUAACUAUAUCAUCAACAAAUUACAUAAAAAAUGACUGCCUCUCCAACAACUGUCUUCAUUUCUGGUGCUACUGGAUUCAUUGCUCAACACAUUAUUACUCAACUUCUUACCAAAGGUUACUCGGUUGUCGGUUCAGUAAGAUCAACUGAAAAAGGUGAAAGCUUAGUUAAAAUUUUCAAUAAUCCAAAAUUCACUUUUGAAGUUGUUAAAGUUCUUGAAAAGGAAGGUGCUUUUGAUGAAGCUUUAAAGAAACAUUCUGAAGUUACUGUAUUUUUACACUCCGCUUCUCCAGUUACUUUCAAUGCUGAAGAUAAUGAAAGAGAUAUUUUAAUUCCUGCUAUUGAAGGUACUAAAUAUGUUCUUAAGUCUAUCAAAGAACAUGCUCCUCAAAUCACUAGAGUUGUCUACACAAGUUCUGUGGUUGCUACUGGUACUCCACAAGAAAUUAGUGAUCCAAACUUUAAUGGUGGUGAAACUACUUGGGGUAGUCUUACUUACGAUCAAUCCAAAGAAAACGGAUUUGCUGCUUAUUUCGGAUCCAAAACUUUUGCUGAAAAGGCUGCCUGGAAUUUUGUUGAAACUGAAAAGCCAAAUUUCACUCUUUCAACUGUUAACCCAGUUUAUGUUUUUGGUCCUCAAAAUUAUCAUAAUGGAGAAAAAGAAUUAAAUGCUUCUGCUCAAAUGGUUGGUAAUAUCUUAAAAUUGAAACCGGAUGAUGCUCUUCCUCAACUUACAGGUACUUUUAUUGAUGUUAGAGAUGUUGCAAAAGCCCAUAUUCUUGCGUUUGAAACUGAAAAGGCCCAAGGUAAAAGAUUUGUUCUUUCCAAUAGUCGUUUUGAUGCUGAAGAAUUAGUAGAAGUUAUUACCAAGAACAUCCCAGAACUUAAGCAAAAGCUUCCAGCUGCUAAAUCUACUGGUGAUAGAGCCACCGGAAGAAGUUUAUUAGAUGAUUCUAAUGCUAGAUCUAUCUUAGCCAUUGAUUAUAUUUCUCUUGAACAAUCUGUCACUGAAUCUAUUAAACAGAUUUUAGGAAAUUAGAUGAGGUUGAGCUUUAUUAUUUUAUGAUUCUUCUAUUCUUAUAGAUAUUAUAGAUUUCUUAUAGAUCUUAAUACAUAGUUCAAAGAGCUUACAGAACGAUAAUAGUGUAGAGAAAAGCGUUAGUAAUAAAUGUUUUAGGUUGCAUUCUCAAGGCUGCUAAAAAAG